UUUUAUAGGGAGGUUUGUCUGCUAAGACUCUGAUACUGAGAGAGGCCCAAACAGGGAUAGAGAGUUUUCAGUCUGUUCAGUCACAGUGAUUUGUUAAACAACUCCUGUUCUUUAUCUGUAAAAGAAAAGAGAAAUUAAGAAGCCAAGGAAAAAAGCUUUGAUUUGAUGGAUCUAUAGAUCUAACGCCUUCAAACCCACAUGUAUUGCUCUGUUGCCUUUAGAUCUCCAUCACUUUCAUUCGGUUUUUGAUUUAGUAGCUGACCAGAAACUGUGCAGAUUGGCCUAAUUAUACUGGGACGGGAAGGGCGGAGCUUCUUGGUUUGAAGUGCUGAUUGCAUUAUUGUGGAUGUCGAGUGAUCGGAUGCUGGCCCCGGUGAGAUGAGGGAUGUUAUCAAAGUUGAUGAACUUCUUGAGGGCCUGUUGGUGGGCAUCCCCGGAACAGCCAGAUGCAACAGGCCGGCAAGACGGGCUCCUAUGGUACAAAGACAGUGGGCAACACUUGACUGGUGAAUUUUCCAUGGCUGUUGUUCAAGCCAACAACUUGCUUGAGGAUCAGAGCCAGAUUGAAUCUGGUCUAUUGAGCUCUCAUGAGUCCGGCCCCUAUGGCACCUUUGCUGGUAUAUAUGAUGGUCAUGGGGGUCCAGAGACAUCGCGUUACAUUAAUGAACACCUAUUUCAACACCUGAAGAGGUUUGCAUGUGAGCAACAAUCCAUGUCUGUAGAUGUGAUACGGAAGGCUUAUCAAGCAACAGAAGAGGGGUUUCUUUCUGUAGUUACCAAACAGUGGCCCAUAAAGCCCCAGAUUGCAGCUGUUGGUUCUUGCUGCCUGACCGGUGUGAUAUGUGGUGGGACACUUUACAUAGCAAACCUUGGUGAUUCCCUCGCUGUCCUUGGAAGGCUUGUCAAGGCAACUGGGGAAGUUCUCGCAAUCCAGCUCUCAUCUGAGCAUAAUGCCCGCAUAGAGUCUGUUAGACAAGAGAUGCAUUCUCUGCAUCCUGAUGACUCACAGAUUGUUGUUUUAAAAAAGCAUAAUGUAUGGAGGGUAAAGGGCUUGAUACAGAUUACUAGAUCCAUUGGAGAUGUGUAUUUGAAGAAGCCUGAGUUUAAUAGGGAGCCCUUGUAUGCGAAGUUCCGCCUUCGGGAACCUUUCAGAAGGCCAAUUUUAAGCUCGGAGCCUUCAAUAUCUGUGCAUGAACUCCAACCUCAGGAUCAGUUUGUCAUAUUUGCUUCUGAUGGGCUGUGGGAGCACCUUAGCAAUCAAGAAGCAGUUGAUAUAGUCCAAAAUCAUCCACGCAGCGGCAUUGCUAGGAGGCUUGUGAAGGUUGCCUUGCAUGAAGCUGCAAAGAAAAGGGAAAUGAGAUACUCUGAUCUGAAAAAGAUUGACCGUGGUGUUCGCCGGCAUUUCCAUGACGACAUCACAGUCAUUGUUGUAUUCUUAGACUUGAAUCUCGUUAGCAGAGCCAGCUCCGUCAAAGGACCUUCUGUAUCUGUCAAAGGGGGUGGCAUUAGCAUACGUGCCAAAACCCUAGCCCCCUGUGGCACUCCCAUGGAACACAACGACAACUAAUUACACAUGCUCCCUCUACUGUUGUCCCUAGAUGCAGAAGCCUCUCUUGUUCUUUCAUGACCUGGUAUAUUUGAAGGCGAAAAAGGAUUAGUUUUUGUUUUUUUUUUCUCAUUUUCUAUGCGCAGUGUAACUUAUUAUCAUGGGAUGUGUAUUUUAUUUAGUUUUCGAGCUCCUAAUGCAGAAAAAGUGAAGAAGAGAAUCAGGAGAAUUGAGCUGCAGGGAAGACCCACCAAAGAUUCUUUCUUCAGGGCAGUCUACUUGUUUAUUUUUCUGUAAAUUAUUCAUGUUAAGCAAAACAUCCCUUAAGAUCAGAGUUUCAUGUUUUUUAAUCUUUUUUUGGUACAUGGCCUCUCGAGAAUCAGGUUUUAGUGCCCAAGUGGAAGAUGGGUGUGUAACCAUGAUAUUAUGCUGUCAUUUCAGGUCAAGUAAAACCUAGAUCAGAUGUAAAUUGUAUGUUCUUUUUCUUCUC